UGGAGCGUCCAAAGCUGAUUUGAUAGGAUUACUUGGCCGGAAGGUCUAGGGUGGAUGAUUGAGUACUAGCCGAGAUGGCGGCUGCUGCAGCGAUUCGUGGAGUCAGAGGCAAACUGGGCCUUCGUGAAAUUCGUAUCCAUUUGUGCCAGCGCUCGCCCGGCAGCCAGGGCGUCAGGGACUUCAUUGAGAAACGCUAUGUGGAGCUGAAGAAAGCGAAUCCCGACCUGCCCAUCCUAAUCCGCGAGUGCUCCGAUGUGCAGCCCAAGCUCUGGGCCCGCUACGCAUUUGGCCAAGAGAAGAAUGUCUCUCUGAACAACUUCAGUGCUGAUCAGGUAACUAGAGCCCUGGAGAAUGUGCUAAGUAGCAAAGCCUGAAGUCUCCACUGAGGAUUAAAAACAACAGCCCCAGAGUCUGGGCUCUGCUGGACUAAGUACAAUGUGGAGAAAUGUAUUCUGUUCUGUAUAAAGAUUGUGCUGAAAAUGCUGUCUAAAGAUGAUCUGAUUCGCAUCCCACGAACUACCCCUUAUUGUGCAACCAUCUGAGGGAAAGCAGUUGAAUAUAAAAAUAAAACUUAUUUUAUUCUGUCCCAUCAAAA